AUGACAUCUGCUUAUUUCGGAGUUGCUGGAGGAGGCGGCGGCGGUGGAGCACAAUCUGCAUAUUACGGAGUUGGUGGAGGACCAGCUGGAAACGCACAAAAACCAGUUGGAGCUGGAGGUGGAGGUGGAGCACCUGCGGGAACAUCGGUUUAUUUCGGAGCACCAGGAGGAGGUGGCGGCGGUGGAGCAACAUCGGCUUAUUUUGGAGUUGGUGGAGCACCAGUUGGAGGAGGCGCACCAUCUGGAGGGGCACCCCCACCACCAGGUUAGUUGAAAACAGACCAAGUUUGAGCUUUCAAGGUUUUAACCAGUUAUUAUUUCAGCUGGCGGAGGCGGUGGAGCUAGUACAAUGACAGCCGUUGGAGCCGCACCAAGAGGAGCAUCAACAAUGACAGCUGUUGGAGGAGCACCAAUGGGUGGCGGAGCCUCGACAAUGACUGCUGUCGGUGGAGCACCAGUCGGAGGUGGAGCCUCAACUAUGACUGCUGUCGGAGGCGCACCACAAGGAGCAUCAACAAUGACCGCUGUUGGAGGAGCCCCAAUCGGAGGCGGAGCCUCGACAAUGACCGCUGUUGGAGGAGCCCCAAUCGGAGGAGGUGCAUCAACAAUGACUGCUGUCGGAGGCGCACCUGUUGGAGGUGGUGCAUCAACAAUGACUGCAAUUGGUGGAGCCCCACGUGGAGCCUCAACCAUGACUGCUGUCGGAGGAGCUCCAAUGGGAGCAUCGACUAUGACCGCUGUUGGAGGAGCCCCAGUUGGAGGUGGUGCAUCUACAAUGACUGCUGUUGGAGGAGCCCCAGUUGGUGGCGGAGCCUCAACCAUGACUGCGGUUGGUGGAGCCCCAGUUGGAGGUGGUGCAUCGACAAUGACAGCCGUUGGAGGAGCCCCAAGAGGAGCAUCGACAAUGACCGCUGUUGGAGCCGCACCAGUUUCAAUGGGAGGCGGAGCCCCACCACCAGGUUUGUUGAAAAACAAAUAAUUUGGGCUUUCAAGGCUUAACUUCUUCUUUCAGCUGGUGGCGGAGGAAAUGCCACAUCUGGAUACUUCGGUGUUGGACAAGGAGCUAUGGGAGGCGGCGGAGCUGCAGGUCAAUCUGCUUACUUCGGAGUUGGAGGAGGAGGCGGUGGUGGUGCCAAGCCAGCCGGUUAGUGUCUUUCAAUCAAGUUAUAUUAUAUAUUUACUAAAAAUAUUUUUUAUAGGCGGCGGUGGCGGCGGCGGUGGAAUUCCUGGACAAUCGGUGUACAUGGGAGCUGGAGGAGGUGGCGGCGCCGCUUCUGGAGGUGGAGCCACAUCGGCCUACUUUGCACCGAAGUAA